AUGUCAUCGCAGAAGAUUGACUUAAGCAAGCUGGGACCAGAGCAAUUGGCCGCCGUGAAGCAGCAAUUCGAUCAGGAGUUGCAGCACUUUACGCAAUCCCUACAGGCUCUAACAAUUGCCAGAAAUAAAUUUAGUGAAUGCAUCGAGGAUAUCAAAACAGUCAGCUCUCCAGAGAAUCAAGACCAAAAAAUACUAGUCCCCGCUUCAGCAUCCCUUUAUAUCCCGGGCAAGAUCGUUGAUAACCACAAAUUCAUGGUAGAUGUUGGUACAGGCUAUUAUGUAGACAAGACAUCUGAAGACGCAAUUGUCUUUUAUGAAAAGAAAAUUGAUAAACUUAACAAUGAAGCAGUGCAAAUACAAAACAUCAUAAAGGAAAAGAACCAGUAUUCUCAGGCCAUUGAGGUAAGAAUAAGACAAACAGCUGCUAGCAUGCACGAAGAACGUAAAAAGUCAGCGCUACAAGGUCAGCAAAAAUAG